UUUCUGUUUCCUUUCCUCAUUGUUCCCCCCCCCCCUCCUCUCUCUCUCUCUCUCUCUCUAACAUAGCUGAAGUGACCCCUUCAGUGAAACAAAAACCAUUAGCUUUUCUCUCGAAAAAUCCCAAUAGAUCGCUGGGCUCCGGCAUGGCACCUCGCCGGAAACUCAAACUCCGGCCACUCCAGACUCCUUUCUCUGGCUAAAUGCUACGAAAAAGCUACAACUUCAGCAUCUCUAUCCGACUCCGCAAGAAUGACGACGACGACGACGACGAAGACUCUACUACUGGAUUAAAAAAAGAACCUUUGAAAGUUCGGAAUCCCCUAACAAGACCCCAGCUUUUGCCUUCCUUUUCAUUUGGGUCCUCGCAAUGGCGGCUACGAACACUUCGGCACCACCGCCAGUGGACUCAACCGCCGCCGCCCCCUCCUUAGUCUCAACAGACGAGCUGACGGCGAAGUCCGUACACAAGAGGUACGAAGGGUUAGUGAUGGUUCGUACCAAGGCCAUAAAGGGGAAAGGAGCGUGGUACUGGGCGCACCUGGAGCCCAUGCUAGUUCAUAAUAGUGACACGGGCCUGCCCAAAGCGGUCAAGCUCAGGUGCUCCCUCUGUGACGCUGUCUUCUCGGCCUCUAACCCGUCCCGCACAGCCUCAGAGCACCUCAAGCGCGGGACCUGCCCCAAUUUCAACUCUGUCGCCAAACCCAUUUCCUCUAUCUCACCUUCUUCUGCUACCCUUGCUACCCCGGCUCCUGCUCUGCAACCCAACAAUCGUAAGCGUAGCUCGUCUUCUGCUUCAGCUGGUGGUGGUGGGGGCGGCUCGGGUUCUUCGUACCAGGUACCACCGCUGGCGAUAGUGGAUCCGUCGAGGUUCGAGCUGGCGUACUCGCAGGCGGUGUCGGCGACGGCGGGGUCCUUGCUGCCACAGCAGCCGCAUUUGAUGCUCUCUGGUGGGAAAGAAGAUUGGGGAGCUCUUGCUAUGUUGGAGGACAGUGUGAAGAAGCUCAAGAGUCCGAAAACAUCACCUGGGCCGACACUCAGUAAGAGCCAGAUUGAUUGCGCUCUUGAUUUUCUCGCUGACUGGGUCUUUGAGUCUUGUGGGUCGGUCUCUUUUUCGACCUUGGAGCAUCCCAAGUUCCGAGCUUUCCUUAAUCAAGUUGGGUUGCGCGUCUCUCGUAGAGAUUUCACCGGCACCAGAAUGGACGCUAAGUAUGAAGAAGCCAAGGCUGAGUCUGAAGCAAGGAUUAGAGACGCUAUGUUCUUUCAGAUCGCCACUGAUGGGUGGAAAUUCAAGAAUUAUGGCGUUUCGGGAGAAGAAAGUUUGGUGAACUUAACCGUGAAUCUCCCAAACGGGACUAGUUUGUAUCGUAAAGCAGUGUUUGUCAGUGGCUCUGUGCCUUCCAAGUACGCAGAGGAGGUCUUGUGGGAGACAAUCAAGGGCAUUUGUGGGAAUGCAGUGCAGCAGUGUGUAGGAAUAGUUGCAGACAAGUUUAAGGCCAAGGCACUGAGGAAUUUGGAGACUCAGAAUCAUUGGAUGGUUAAUCUUUCUUGUCAGUUUCAGGGGUUCAAUAGUUUGAUUAAGGACUUCAGCAGGGAGCUUCCAUUGUUCAAGACGGUCACUGAGAGUUGUUUCAAGCUCGCUAAUUUUGUCAAUUACAGGUCUCACAUUCGGAAUAGCUUUCAUAAAUAUCAGUUGCAGGAGUAUGGACACUCAGGGUUGCUAAGACUACCGUUGCGCGAGUGUGAGAGUGUAAACUUUGGGCCUGUAUAUACAUUGGUGGAGGAUAUACUGAAUUCAGCUCGAGCACUACCGUUGGUUUUGCUGGAUGAAUCGUACAAGAUGUUAGCAAUGGAGGACCCAGUUGCGAGAGAAGUUGCAGAGAUGAUUCAGGAUGUGGGGUUUUGGAAUGAUUUGGACGCAGUGCACUCGUUGAUUAAAUUAAUCAAGGACAUGGCUCGAGAGAUUGAGAAGGAAAGGCCAUUAGUUGGGCAAUGCCUCCCACUUUGGGAUAAGCUUAGAGAAAAAGUGAGGGAUUGGUGUUCCAAGUUCCACGUCGCGGAGGGAGCGGUAGAGAAGGUGAUUGAAAGGCGUUUCAAGAAGAAUUAUCACCCAGCUUGGGCUGCUGCUUAUAUACUCGACCCUCUAUAUUUGAUUAGGGACACUAGUGGAAAGUACCUUCCGCCUUUCAAACGCUUGAAUUCUGAGCAGGAAAAGGACGUGGACAAGCUCAUAACCCGGCUUGUUUCGAGGGAAGAAGCUCAUAUUGUGCUAAUGGAACUUAUGAAAUGGAGAACAGAAGGGCUCGAUCCAGUCUAUGCACGAGCUGUACAGAUGACGGAGAGGGACCCCGUUACUGGAAAGAUGAGAAUUGCCAACCCGCAGAGCAGUAGGCUUGUGUGGGAAACGUAUCUUACUGAGUUUAAGUCGCUAGGGAAAGUUGCAGUUAGGCUAAUCUUUCUUCAUGCAACUUCUUGUGGAUUCAAAUGCAAUUGGUCUUUCUUGAGAUGGGUGUGUGCCCAUGGGCACUCAAGGGCGGGUAUGGACAGGGCUCAGAAGUUGAUAUUCAUUGCAGCUCAUUCGAAACUUGAGAGACGGGAUUUUUCAAGUGAUGAAGAUAAGGAUGCCGAGCUGUUCACCUUGGCAAACGGUGAGGAUGAUGUGCUUAAUGAUGUUCUUGUCGAUACCUCCUCAGUGUAACAAUUUUCUUUUCACUUGUUUAGAAAUUAAAUUUGUAGAAUUUAUUGAAUUCUUUCCACAACUUCUUGCUUUUCUUCGUUUCCAUUUUGGUAUUUCUUUACUUUACGAGAUUUUGGGGAGUCGGGUGGGAAAGAGUAGAGGUCAUGAUGGGGGAUUGAAUUUUGUACUCCUGCUCGGCCUCAUGAAUCGAGCAACUAUCCACCUUCACCCUAGAUAAUAUUGGAGUUUUCGGGUUUGCAGAAAAGGCAAUCUUCUUGUUUGUAAAGAUAGAGAAUGCUGCAGGAACAAAGUUACCCAACAGGAAGAAUGUUGUAAAAUUUUUUUCCUCAAGUAAUUCAAAAUAAAUAAUAUUUAUGAA